GCCCAAUGUCAACAUCAGAGAGAAUCCAGGAAAUCAAGGCCCGACUAGCCAAGCUGCGGGCUGAGGAACUCGAGCUCGAAUCAGAGCUUGUCAAGCUCGAGGGACUGAACCAAAGGGAGGCAGCACAUGUGGUAAAAAAGGAUCAUCUGGCUCCCGACGACAUCCGGCGCUACAGCCGGCAGCUGCUUGUCCCCGAGAUCGGAGUCCAGGGCCAGCUGAAGAUGCAGAACGCCAAAGUUUUGAUCGUCGGCACCGGCGGGCUCGGCUCACCGUGUGCAAUGUACCUGGCGUCAAUGGGCAUUGGCACCUUGGGCCUAAUCGACCAUGAUGUUGUUGACAACAGCAACCUGCACCGACAGAUAAUCCACACAGAAGCGGCACGCGAUGUACCCAAGGUUGUGUCAGCACACACAUCUCUGUCGCGGCUUAACUCGUCGUGCAGAGUAGUUGUGCAUGAUGUCCUGCUCGACAGCUCCAAUGCCCUGGAUACUAUGCGCGGCUACGACGUUGUUGUCGAUGCCACAGAUAAUGCGGCAACGCGGUACCUGAUCAACGACGCAUGUGUGAUGCUCAAGAUCCCGCUGGUAUCGGGCAGUGCUGUGCGGCUGGACGGACAGCUGACGGUGUACAACUACAACGGUGGGCCAUGCUAUCGCUGCCUGUUCCCGACCCCGCCGCCGGUUGAGACCUUGUCGAAUUGCUCGGAGACAGGGGUCCUGGGUGUGGUGCCUGGAAUCAUCGGCUGUCUCGAGGCCAUGGAGGCAGUCAAGGUAAUCACAGGCAAGAAGCAGGAAGAGAAGCCCAACAUGCUUCUGUAUUCUUACACGUCGCAGCCGCACUUCCGCUCAAUCAAGCUGCGACCGCGCAAGCCCAGCUGCGCGGUGUGCGGCGAUGCGCCAAGUAUCACGGAGCUAGUUGACUAUGUGGCAUUCUGCGGCAGCGGACCAAAUGACGCAGCAGCCGACCUACAUAUUCUUCAGGAUCCCAGCCAGCGCAUCUCGUGCCGCCAGUACAGUGGCGUUGUUCACUCAGGCCAGCCACAUGUCCUGCUGGAUGUGCGCGAGAAAGUGCAGUUUGACAUCUGUCAGCUGCCCAACUCACUCAACAUCCCUUUGGCAGACUUCGACAAGCGCCAGCAGGAACUGACGGAUAUCGUCGCCCAGGCCAAUGGCAGGCCGAUCUACGCGCUGUGCCGUAGAGGCAACGACUCGCAGUAUGCGGUGCAGUACAUCCGCAACAAGCUGGACUACAAAGAGUGCUAUGACAUUGUCCGCGGUCUGCUUGGCUGGCAGGCCGACGUAGACUCGGAGUUUCCCGCGUACUAGAAUAGAGCUAUUUAUUUCCAGCCGUGAUAGAAGUUUGUGUGCUUGGCCAUGGCUGUCUCUGCGUCGUCGUAUGUCCAAAAGUCACAAAACAUGCAGCGGAUCUUCUUUGGCCGCUUGUCCUUUGCCGGCCUUGCCAGGACCUGGUUGCACUGUUUGUCGGCAGUGGUGUCUGGGUUGGCGGCUAUACUGGCCUUCGUCUUCUCGGUGGUCGUCCGCAGCACCUGAGGCCGUCUCGAUAGCAGCGACAUUAUAUGGUUUUGUGGAAUAUGCGUGCGAUGCGGGCUGCGAGAGCAAGGGUGGAUAAC